AUGGUCAGGCAGCUGAAGAUGAAGCUGACAACAAACAUACACAAGGGAAAUCAAACAAUCAUCAUGGAAUUCAUCCUUCUGGGAUUUGGGGAUCUCUCUCAACUUCAUAGUCUUCUCUUCCUGCUGUUCCUAGUGAUUUAUAUUGAGCCCGUGGCCAGGAACAUCCUCAUCAUUGCACUAGUUGUGACUGAUCAGCACCUUCACACUCCCAUGUACUUCUUCCUGGGGAACUUGUCCUGCUUGGAGACCUGCUACACCUCCACCAUCCUGCCCAGGGUGCUGGCCAGUCUCCCGACUGGGGACAAGUCUAUUUCUGUUAUGGGCUGCAUCACUCAAUGUUAUUUCUUUGCUUCUCUGGCAAUGACAGAGUGUUUGCUUUUAUCUGUGAUGUCCUAUGAUCGCUAUUUAGCAAUAUGCAAACCUCUGCAUUACUCAGCACUUAUGAGUGACAGGUUGUGCCUCCAGCUAGUGUUAGGGAUGUGGAUAGGUGGAUUUUUGUCUCUUGCUAUCUUUGCAUUUAUGGUGUCACAAUUAAGAUUCUGUGGCUCCAAUGAAGUUGACCAUUUCUUUUGUGAUUUUCGUCCAAUAAUAAAACUCUCCUGCACUGACACCCACAUGGUAGAAUUUUCCAGUUUCAUAUCUACUUCCAUAUUCACCGUGCCUCCAUUUGUAUUGACAGUGGCAUCCUAUGUUUGUAUCAUCUCCAGCAUCCUGAGAAUCCCUUCCAUCACUGGGAGGCAAAAGACCUUUUCCACCUGCUCCUCUCACCUCAUUGUGGUGACAAUUUUCUAUGGGACUAUAGUCAUUGUGUCUCUGUUAUCAGAUUCUGAUGCACUGAGGGACUUGAACAAAGUGUUCUCUGUCUUUUAUCGUGUCCGCACCCCAUUGGUCAAUCCCUUCAUAUACAGCCUGAGAAACCAGGAGGCGAGGGAAGCCUUAAGAAAAGCUGUUGUUAGAUUUUUUUCUUUCACAAGAAUACAGAUAUUUUAA